CUUUUGUUGAUUUUUUUUUUUCACUUCUUAGCCAAAUGCAUUUGCUGGAGGCUGAGCUGCUGCGGAGGAUCACAUGCCCGUACAGUAGAUGGCAGUAUGAUUCACUCAGAUUUGGUGUGUCACUUCCUCUCAGCUGUGAGCCAGAAGAAGACAGCAGCAAGCGUAGACAAUCCUGGAAUUCCUGUUUGGUAUAUUUGAUCCUCUUAUUAUACAUCUAUGACAGCUCCUGUCAUAACAGCCGAGGAUAAUGGCCAAUAAGAAGAAAGUAAUAGUAACAGGGUUUGAGCCUUUUGGUGAGCAUGCAGUGAACUCCAGCUGGGUGGCAGUGCAGGAACUGGAGCGAUUAGGGCUGGGUGAAGCAGUCGACCUUCAUGUGUGUGAGGUGCCUGUUGAGUACCAGGCUGUUCAGACCCUACUGCCAUCUCUGUGGAAAGAGCACCAACCAAUGUUGGUGGUCCAUGUCGGUGUUUCUGGGUUGGCCACCACUGUCACUCUGGAGCAGUGCGGCCACAACAAAGGAUACAAACGCCUGGACAACUGCAGCUUCUGCCCAGCUUCCCAGUGUUGCAUGGACAGCGGCCCCGACUGCAUACAAUCAGUACUGGACAUGGAAACAGUCUGCAAAAGGGUCAAUGACUCUGGCCUCAGGGUCACUCUGUCUGUAUCUAAGGAUGCUGGAAGGUAUCUGUGUGACUACACCUACUACACCUCUCUGUACCUGGGGCAGGGUCACUCUGCCUUCAUCCACGUGCCUCCCCUUGGAAAACCCUACAGCAGCCAGGACCUGGGUCGAGCACUUCAGGCUGCCAUUCAAGAGAUGCUGACAAUGCUGGAACUGGAUCCUGAACACAACAAGCAGUGCAUUCACGAACAUCAACACCAGCACAACCACUAAUGACUUACAGCACGAGCAGUAAUGACUCAAGAUAGACAACCAUUAGCUCCAAAGAUUAAUGGCAUGAAUUUCACAUUCGAGAAUAGGAGCUCGUGUCUGAAUGGGGUGCUUUUAUCUGUAAUAUCAGUGCCAAGUGUAAACCAUGUGUUGUAUCUUAAAAAUAUUGAGGGUUUUACAAGUUUGUUUUGACUACAGCAUCUGUAUAUCUGGGUCUUUGCAUGUGUGGGUUUGAAUGUGUGUGUGGGCAUCUGUGAGCGUUAGUCACGUCUCUACAAUUCUGCCUCUGAGAAGACUGAAAAUUGAUGUCAGCAACAAUUAUGGAUGUGUUAACAUUGUAUCAAAAGGGGGAUUUAUGUGACUAUAUUACGGUAGUACUUACAAGGUAGUAGCUAAGACUACAAGAUGUAUAUGAUGACACACUGUGGAGCAUUUACAAUAACUCUGAAGCCACAUCCUUCCCCUGCCACCUGUGGGUCUGUCCUCAGUCUCCCAGGUCCUCUUUGUAUGAUUUGGAUGUUAUGCUUUAACCCCGUUGUGUUGCUUGUAUUUGCACCAGAGAAAUGUGAUGACAUUGAAAUGACUUAAGAAAUUUAAAGACUCGCACUAAAAAUGAUUUGUUUAACUCAGGGAAUAUAUUGCACAUGCAAUCAAUAUUGAGUAAUUUGAUCACUUUAAUGUCUGUGCUGUGUAUGUAGUGCAGCUUAAAGCUGUGUAUAAUUAAAACACUUCACACAGGCUAAUUUUUCA